AUGGCGCCCGAGACACAUCCAAUGACUGAAGAACAACUAGUCCAUGAAGUGGAAGCUAUCUAUGCAGGUCUAGUGAUCGUCGAAAUUGGAUGUAUUCGUACUGUCAAGAAACUAUACAAUGAACCAGAAGAACUCACUGUGCUGCAAUGGCAGGACCUGACUGCGGAGCACCGUGUGCUGCUCCAUCAGCAUUUUGAUUUCUUUCUGGCUUCAAGUCAUCCGGUUGCAAACAAGUCAUUAAAAACACUGGCCAAUACCUACUCCAUGCCAACAAGAUUGUGGCGACAUGGUAUUCAUUCGUUCUUGGAACUCUUGCGAAAGAAAUUGCCCUCGUCACUUGGCCAUAUGCAUGAAUUUAUUAACAUAGCAUAUAAAAACAUUACUUCACUAUUGGAGAGCGUCCCUGAUUAUAAAGAAACAUGGAUUGAAUGUCUCGGAGAUCUGGCACGCUACCGGAUGGCCAUAGAAGAGAAGGACAUGGGCCAGCGAGAAUUAUAUACCAGGAUUGCUAGGUACUGGUAUACCAAGGCUGCCGAUCUCAAUCCCGAUGUUGGAAGGGUUCAGCAUCAUUUAGCAGUACUCGCACGACCAAAUCUAUUGCAGCAGUUGUUUUACUACACUAAGGCUCUGACCAGCGUUCAGCCUUUUACUGAAGCGCGGAAAAGCAUCUUGUUGCUUUUCGGGCCUCUCCUAGAUCCCGCAAAAGCCGCAACAAAAUACUCCGAACACUAUCCGCGAGCUUUGACUGUUUUUGUGGAAGCACAUGGUGUUUUAUUCACGAGAAAUGAUGCUUUUACCUUUCUGAGACUGGCUGAGAAAUUCUUAUCAGAACUUGAUAAACACGCUAGGCUCGUGGGUCCGUUGUUUAGAGAACAAGGGGUAUACAUAACAGCUUCUAACUACGCUGCGAUCUUUGAUUAUGGCCAUGACGAUGCAAAGAUCCCAUCCAUGUUCAACCAGGAUGGACUCAUUCAGACAGGAACAUUCGAGAUACUGGAGCAAGCAUGCAAAUACCGGCAAAACCCUGCUUGUGUCCAGGUUGGAAUCGAGCAUCGAGUUGAUGGAAUAAGUUCCAGCGAGCAGGUAGCCUCCAUGGCGUCUCAUUUUGCAUUCGCCACUCUCAAUGUUCUACUCGAUCGUUCGGAGGAUAGGAAUAUAUUGCCAAGUGUGCACGUCUCUCUGGCUUUUCUAUGGUGUAUGGCAAUGGUACCGGAGAGCAUGACCCGAAUUCAAGCGGACGUGCCCUGGGAACGGCUUGCAACGUAUCUAAAUACGCUGAUCAACCCGGAUACUGAUAUGGCUGGAAUUGAGAAUGGAGAGUUCCCGGCACAGGAAUCAGGGUUACGGCAACUACCGGAGGAUUUCCUGAUUCAUGGUCUUUCCUGGAGUAGAAUGUACUAUCCACUAGACUUCUUCUCUGACAUGGCCGAGGACGAUGAGCGGUCGAUCGAACUUCCAUCUGUAAUGGUUCCACGGACAAAACGAUGUUUGUGGUUGGCAAGUAAGAUAGCAAAGUUCAACUGCUGGCUAGUCUAUAACGCCAAGGACUGCAGGUUUUGCGCAACUAAAUUUGCACACGACCUCGCCACGCUAUCACAGAAGUAUCAAAUUAUUAGACGUACAGAUAGUAUCAUCUCUUCAAGCAUUUAAGGUUGAUAAUUUUAUUGGUUCAUUUAAUAUGACAAUUUUAUUCUCUGUUUUGGUCUAGCGUUAUGAGCUAUCCAUAGUUUGCAUUCUAUAUUCGAAUGUCUCCGCAUUUCUUUCCAUUACUUAUGAGACAUCUCCUCUCCCCCAUAAAUAGUUUUACCCUAGCAGGCUAACCCAACAUUCAAAUUCCAAGAACACAAUAGCGACC